AAAAAAAUGAACAUCGCUUGAACACAGCGUUACAAGGUUUCAGAGAUUUCCAGCUCAUUUUCACACAUUGUUUGGAAGGGUUGAAUAUUGUCUUCGGAUACCAUCAGGAUGCUUGAAGCAGAGCAGUUGGUGAGCAGUUUGUUGGUAGGUGAAAAAGUAAGCAGGGUCGGCGUGAGGUAGGUGCGAACUGCGCCGCAAACUGAGUAAAAUAGUGGCAAAAUAUAGAAGAAAAUGAAAGAUGAGCAUUUUCUGCUGUUCCAAGAAUACCUUAGAUGCACAUUACAGACCACAGCAAAAGUUUUUACCAAGCAGCAAACAUCCUUGCGUCGGCCCUUGAAGGUAGGACAGUGGCACACCAUUAUUUUAUCAUUAUAUCAAACUGUAACAAAAAUAUAUACAGAACGAAAAAAUAAUGUAUAGACUUUAGUAUAAAAAGUAAAAUAUAUGGAACAUUCAUUGGCUAAAAA